GCAACAAUAGAUGAGGGAGGGAGCACUGAGUCCCACGUGUUCUAGUCAACGCGGAUUCGACGCCCCUCGCUCGCAAUCGCUCCAGUUCACUUUUUUCCCAGCAACUCCGAGCCAAGGAAGAAUGAUCACAUUUAACCGCUCAGCGUCACUCCCAAUAGGUAGAGAACCCGUUCUUGGUCGUGAUGUGGGUACAUCGUUAAUUAAAGGGGUCCCCCGCGGCUCUCUGUAACUGUCACCUGCAGUUGAACCCCAAUUUGUAUAUUUAUUUAUUUUAUUCAACGGUGUUGCUCCAUGCAAAUCCCGGGGACUAUGUGAGCAUCAUGCUGGCGGUGCGAUGCCUGGUGUUCGCUGCAGUGAGUGCGCGGUUUGCCGUGACAGGCUGGAGCAGCUCGGUAAGCAAUCGAGGAGACGGAGAGACGUGGGAAUGGCAGCCUUCGGAGGAGCAGGGGGACCGGGGACCUGCUGUGGAGGAAGUCACUCAGCCUAAGCGGCUCCUGCAACAGAUCGACUCGGAGGGAGAGUUGGUUCACCUCCAUCUGGACACUCGAGUCAAGAACCACACCGAGGGAGCACAGCCUGUCCAUCUAGCCCAGAGCAGUUUCCUGGUGGAAGCCUUUGGCAAGUCUUUCAUCCUGGACUUGGUGCUGAACCACAAUCUCCUGUCUUCGGAUUAUGUGGAGCGGCACUUUGACGACGAAGGGAGGCCGUCUCAAAACAUGGGAGGGGAACACUGUUACUACCACGGGCGACUACGGGGGGUACCAGGCUCGUGGGUUGCUCUCUCUACCUGCCAUGGAUUACGUGGGAUGUUUUCCGAUGGGAACUUCUCCUAUGGGAUCGAGCCUGUUCUCAAUACCGGUGGGGAGAAGCAGAAUGAUCACGUGGUGUAUCGAAUGGCUGACCUGGACCUGCUACUGUCACUACAAUGUCCAGGUUGCUCAUUGAUCAGCAGUGACACUGAAGGGAACUCUGUAAAUGACAGUGACCCUGCUGGUGAUGAUGGUAUCUUGUCGGAGCCGGAGGAGCCCAUCUUCACAGAGGAAGGGUUGAGCCGUUCAAAGAGACAGGUCAGACGAGGUCAACGCACAGUCCAGACUGAGACCAAGUACAUCGAGCUGAUGGUGGUGAACGAUCAUGACCUGUUUGUGCAGCUGCGUCGGUCGUCGUCGCAGACGAGGAACUUUGCCAAAGCGGUCGUCAAUAUGGCAGACGCGAUCUACAAGGACCAGCUCAACACGCGGAUCGUGCUGGUCGCCAUGGAGACGUGGUCAUCCCAGAACAUGGUGUCUGUGGGCAAUGACCCCUUGCUGACCCUGAGGGACUUCAUGAAGUACAGGAAGGAGAGCAUCAAAGAGCGCAGCGAUGCCACACACCUCUUCUCGGGGAGGACCUUCCAGAGUAGCCGCAGUGGCACAGCCUACAUUGGGGGUAUCUGUUCCCUCACGCGGGGAGGAGGAGUCAACGAGUACGGCAACGUGGGUCCCAUGGCCAUCACGUUGUGUCAGAGCCUGGGGCAGAACAUUGGCAUGAUGUGGAACAAGGAGCGCCCUACGGCUGGGGACUGCAGGUGUCCCGACCCAUGGCUGGGCUGCAUCAUGGAGGACACCGGCUACUAUCUUCCUAGGAAGUUCUCACGCUGCAGUGUGGAUGAGUACCUUCGCUUUCUCCAGCAGGGUGGGGGCAGCUGCCUCUUCAAUAAGCCCAGCAAGCUGCUGGACUCUCCAGAGUGUGGCAAUGGCUUUGUGGAAGUGGGGGAGGAGUGUGAUUGUGGAUCCCAUGUGGAGUGUGCGCGGAGCGGAGGAGCCUGCUGUAAGAAGUGCACCUUGACCCACGACGCCAUGUGCAGCACUGGCCUCUGCUGUAGAGGUUGCAGGUACGAGCUCAGGGGGGUGACGUGUCGCGAAGUGACCAACGACUGUGACGUCCCGGAGACGUGUCCCGGAGACUCCAGCCAGUGUCCUCAUAAUGUCCACAAACUGGAUGGUUACAUGUGUGAAGCUGGCCAGGGUCGUUGUUUCGGAGGUCGAUGUAAGACCAGAGAUGGACAGUGCAGAGGUCUCUGGGGCCACAACUCAGCCGACCGUUUCUGCUAUGAGAAGCUGAACUCCGAGGGCACAGAGAAGGGCAACUGUGGCCGUGACGCCAGUGGCCAGGGCUGGGUGCAGUGCAACAAGCAGGAUGUGCUCUGUGGGUUCCUGCUGUGUACGAACAUGUCUGCUAAGCCGAGGUUUGGAGAUCUGCAGGGGGACCUCACCAGCCUAACCAUCUACCACCAGAACAGAUACCUGGACUGCCGUGGCGGCCACGCGGUGCUGGAGGAUGGCUCAGACCUGGGCUAUGUGGAGGACGGGACGCCCUGCGGUCCCAACAUGAUGUGCCUGGACCGCCGCUGCCUCCCCGUGCCCACCUUCAACCUCAGCACCUGCCCCGGAUCCAGCAUCUGCUCUCACCAUGGGACCUGCAGUAAUGAGGUGAGGUGUAUUUGUGACACGGACUACACUGGGAAAGACUGCAGCGUCUAUGACCCAAUCCCUGACCCCACCCCUCCAGAGGGCCCUGAGAAAUAUAAGGGUCCCAGUGGCACCAAUAUCAUCAUAGGCUCCAUCGCAGGGGCAAUUCUGUUGGCAGCUAUAGUCCUAGGGGGGACCGGAUGGGGAUUUAAGAACAUCCGAAGAGGAAGAUCUGGAGGGGGAUGAAAACAUCUAUCCAUUUGCUGUCCUGUCUUCCUUGCCCUGUGUCCUAUCCACUUUGAGGAGAGAAAUCAAAAGGGGUCUUCCGUUCUCUUCAACUACAACUCUCACAAUUAUCCCUUUUCCAUUUUCUGUAUUUCCUGUCAAUCUUCCAGCCACAGACGUCUCACCUUUUUUGCCUUCGGUAAAGGUUUAACCUGAAAUACAUUCCCCGAAACCUUGACCGACAAGGGCCCCACAUUGUGUCACACAGAAAUAGAUACAUUUGUGUUUCAUCAUCAUGUUGUGUGUGUCAUAUCCGAAAUGUAUGUUUGUCCCCAUUGACUCUCCGUAGCUUUCUUUUUCUAUAAGGAUGUUAGACCAAGCUGUCCAGGACAUGUAUACUCUUCAUACAAGUGAUUGUACUGAAGUUAAAUCCAUUUUGACUUAGUCUUUCCUGCCAUUUAGACACUUCUACUGGACUAUGGCGCUUUAAAAAAAUAUUUCCUGCGACGAGGGAGGAAGGAUUAUAUUGAUAUCCUAUGUAGGGCUGCUCGUAAGCUUCGAUCUCUAGUUGCAAUUUACUCGUGGGGUCGUUCAACAAGCUGACAAAUACCAUACAGCCUACGACGACCAUGUAAGGAUGUAUGGUCAAAUAAUAAUAAAAACAACAUAUGGGACCCAGCGGGCAAAACUGGUUGAAAUUAUAUAAUUACAACCUGAACAGAAAUGAAAACAACCUGAACAGAAAUGAAAACAACCUGAACAGAAAUGAAAACAACCUGAACAGAAAUGAAAACAACCUGAACAGAAAUGAAAACA